UUAGUCGGAGGAGCGUAAGCGACAACUGGCGGGAGGGUGUCGGGAACAGCUCCCAAGUGUAGUUUUGAUGGAUGCCUCGUGGAAAGGAGUUUGGUUCAUCAUUCAUUUACUUUCUUUCUACAUGCAAAUAAAUUAAAUCCAAUCAAAAUUGCUUACUGCUUAUUCAUUCAUUACUUUACCUUUCCCACCCCUCAAUUCUCCUUCCUUCCUUCCUUCCAUCCAAUUACUGGGUUUCAUUGGGAUUUGGAGGGUAGUGGCAGAUUGGGAGAAAGAUUAGAUGGGAGAAGAGUGCAGAAAUUGUAGGAAAUGGGAAGAGGAUAUGUAUUGGACCCAUUUCCAGUCCAUUCUUUUCUGUCAGUUUCUCUCCACUGGUUUCGAUCAGCAACUCGCUAUCCCCCAAAAGUUUGCCAACAAUUUGAAAGAGAAAUUACCAGAAAAUGUAACCCUUAAAGGUCCAAGUGGUGCCAAGUGGAAUGUAGGACUAAUCACAAGUGGGGACACCUUGUUUUUCAAACAUGGUUGGAAGACAUUUGUGGAGAAUCAUUCUCUUGAAGAAGAUGAUGUCUUGAUCUUUAAAUACAACGGGGACUCAGGAUUUGAUGUUUUAAUAUUUGAUGGACGGAGCUUAUGUGAGAGGGAAGCUUCGUAUUUUGUCCGAAAAUGCGGACAUACAGAGCUAGAUGGUGGAUGCCGGACAAAGAAAAACAUGAGAGAGAGUUCUGUUGAAGUUAUGCAUGACUCUUCACAUUAUGUUGUGGACCGCACUCCAUCAAAAAGACUGAGAAAGGAUGACAAUCUUAUGCCAGUGCUAUCGCGAUUUCGUGGAAGAACUAGGAAGGGAGAUAAUUCUAGUAGACCUCAUCAUUCCAAGUGGGACAUGAGAAGUAGAGAACCUUCUACAUCUGCUGUGGGACCAAAGGUUAAUCCCGGAACUGUAGGGGCCUAUCCUCUGCAAUAUGUAUCGAGCAGAAGAAGUAUAACCGAGGAGGAGAAAGACAAAGCGUUACAAAUGGCGCACGCAUCAUCAACCAAAGACAGUUUCAUUGUAGUUAUGCGACCCUCACAUGUGUACAAGGGAUUCUACAUGUCAAUUCCUUCUGAAUGGGCGACUUCCCAUCUCCCUCGCAAGAGCCAAGAGGUGAUUCUCCGUGUCAAAGAGAACAUAUGUGUUAAAGAGAACACAUGGCAUGCCAGAUUUUAUUACCGAGUUUAUGGUGGUGGACUGACUGGCGGUUGGAGGAAUUUUGCUGUAGAAAACAACUUGGAAGAAUUUGAUGUGUGUCUGUUUGAGCUUGCCAGUGGAACCAAUGAUACGAUUUCCAUGAACGUCAGUAUCUACAGAGUUAUUGAAGAGAUACGUCCACUGACCCGCAUGACCCCUCCCUCCUCGACCCGUGGAAAGAACUCAAAAUAUCUGAGGAGAAAACGUAACUAAGGGCACUGGUGUAUGCGCUCUAGUUUGCCCUUCUUGUUUUGUGUUCAGUGGGUUCUGAAAAAUGUUGCAUAUUUUGGCAAGUUUUUGGUCUGUUAUUUGGAAGGACACAUAAUGUGCUCUUUUUUUUUUUUUUUAUAAUUAUUAUUAUUUUUAUAUUA